UAAGGAGCACAGAAGUUGAUUCCAAGACAAUCUUUGUUUCAGAUGAUUUGAGUAAGAAGCUAAAGCCAUUGGUUGAGGAAGAAAGACAGUUCAUUCUAGAUUUGAAGAAAAAGGAGUGUAAAGAAAGAAACUUUGAUUAUGAUGGAAGAAUCAAUGCAUGGGAUCUUCAUUAUUAUAUGAACAAAACAGAAGAGUUGAAGUACUCCAUAGACCAAGAAAAACUGAAGGAAUACUUCCCAAUUCAGGCUGUUACAGAGGGCUUACUGAAUAUUUACCAGAAGCUGCUGGGACUUGUAUUUGAGCAAGUAGAAAGUGCUCAUGUUUGGCAUGACAACGUUACACUUUAUACAGUAAAGGAUAAUUCAACAGGAGAAAUGUUAGGGCAGUUCUAUUUGGACCUUUACUCCAGAGAGGGAAAGUAUGGGCAUGCAGCAUGCUUUGGUCUCCAACCUGGCUGUCUCCUCUCUGAUGGCAGCAGAAUGAUGUCUGUAGCUGCUCUGGUAACCAAUUUCACAAAACCAGCAUCAGAUUGCCCAGCAUUGCUGCGACACGAUGAAGUAAAGACUUACUUCCAUGAAUUUGGUCAUGUAAUGCAUCAGAUAUGUGCACAGACUGAUUUUGCUAGGUUUAGUGGAACUAAUGUGGAAACAGACUUCGUAGAGGUACCUUCACAAGUGUUUGAGAACUGGGUGUGGGAAAAAGAACCACUACAGCAAAUGUCAAGACAUUAUAAAGAUGAGGGCCAUGUUGCAGAUACUCUCCUUGAGAAACUUGCUGCCUCUAGGCUGGCUAAUACAGGCUUUUUAACCCUCCGUCAGAUUGUUUUGAGCAAAGUUGACCAGGCCCUGCAUACAAAGCCAUCUGUUGACCCAGCAGAUGAAUAUGCCAAAUACUGUAUGGAAAUUCUAGGAAUUCCUGCCACCCCAGAAACAAACAUGCCAGCUACUUUUGGACAUCUGGCAGGUGGUUAUGAUGGUCAGUACUAUGGAUACCUGUGGAGUGAAGUGUUUUCCAUGGACAUUUUUUAUAGCUGCUUUAAGCAGGAGGGAAUAAUGAAUCCAAAGGCUGGGAUGAAAUACAGAAACCUCAUUUUGAAACCUGGAGGAUCUUUGGAUGGGAUGGAUAUGCUACAAAAUUUCUUGAAGCGUAAACCAAGCCAGAGAGCUUUCCUAUUGAGUAAGGGUUUAUGUGUUCAGUAAGAUUGUAGAUCCUUUGCAAUGGCAUAUAAGUAUGGAAUGAGCUGGAAAUGUCAGUGUAUUUCACAUCUUAACUAUGUAUCACUCUAGGGAAACUGGAUCACUUUUUGAUGAUUUUUUAAUUGCAUAAAUAAAAAUGUGUUUUUUUAAAAAAUUGUAUAGGACUACAGAAUUCAACACAUCAGGGAGAAAAAUGGGGAUAUGCAGAAUCUGAGGAAUUUGGAUGGU